AUGGCGGCCAUGGAGGAGCUGCAGAUCCAUAGCAAGUCCUAUUUUGUGCGCUGGAUCAAUGUCAGCGCCGGCCACACCAUUUCAUGGAGCAUUCAACCGCAUAAGAAGUCCGUGAAUUUCGGGGUUUUCAAGCAUCCUGGUCAAUCCUCGCUAGCCUCGCAUCUACCUCCCUCCGAUUCCCAAAGCACCGACUCCAAUGAGAACCUCCCCGCUACCGCUGCCAACCCCGGUUCCCGCAAUCAACAGUCCACCGUCAUCGAGAAGCUGACAGCAAUCGGCCUCAAAUCAAUUAAAUGGGUCGGCAAGUGUGAAGCCGACAAGAUCUCUAAAGGAACAUACGACGUUUCGGCCAGCGAAGCAGGGAACUACGCACUUGUCUUCGACAACACCUUCUCUAAACAGGUCUCGAAAACAGUCACCCUCGUUCUGCUUACCUAUCCCACGGGCCUGCAACCCCAUGCUUCUGUGGCUUCCAUAGCUCAGUCUCAGCAAGGGGCUUCUACAGAUUCACUUCCGCAAUUCACGGGUCGUCGACGGGGCAACAGCCGUGCGACUCUACAGGCGCAACGGUCUGACUUGUCGACCUCCUCGAACGUACAUAGCGGAAUCUUGCAGAAACGGCGGAGAAAGCGGCACCAGGGCUGGGCACGUCGGUUCUUCUCCCUGGAUUUUAUUUCCUCUACUCUAUCAUAUUACCAUGACCCUAACUCGGCCGCCUUACGCGGUGCGAUCCCGCUUUCAUUGGCGGCCGUGGCAACCAACGAGAAGUCUCGCGAGAUUUCAAUUGAUUCUGGCACUGAGAUUUGGCAUCUACGUGCCAACAACGAUCACGAGUUUGCGAUAUGGAAACAGGCCUUGGAGAGGGCCUCCAAGAGUGGACUGCAAGACAAUAAUUCGCUGGCUAUCGGCCCCCCAGAACUGCGUUUGACCAUGCCACCCUCUGCUUCUGCUGAGGAAGAACAUGAAUGGUCUCGGGUUGAACGUUUGGUGAGUAAGGUGUCUGGCACCCGCGAUGCAGUGCGCCGACUUGCCAAGGACACCGAUCCUAAAUAUCUUGCAACAUCGCCGCUCCCAUCUCCCAUGGAUCCUCCUCGGAGCCGGGGUCGCUCUCCGAGCCCUCAUCCCCCUGGGAAUGAUAUCCAAGGAGAUCCAAGGCGCUCGUUUUGGAAACGCAAGACGAGUGGAAACUCUACUUCCAGUGGCAAGCUAGCUAGCGCCAAUGCCUCCCAGCUGACGGUGCCGCCAGGCUCUGGAAAGCCCGCGAGCAUCACUAGCCAUACGGAUGAUAUGCAUGACAAUCUAAUGGCUGUCUUGCGCGAUCUUGACAAUGUAGUAUCGGAAUUCUCGGCGCUCAUUUCGGAGAGUAAACAACGGAGAAACCCGCCCCGUUUCUCUAUGGUGCCUCGGCGUAGUAUGGAGUCGGAUAUCUCACAGGAAUUCUUUGAUGCUACGGAUGGGGCCCCAUCGCCUCUCCUGACCAUCCAAGACAGCGAUGACGAAGACAAUACAGAGGAUCGAACUGCCCCGCCUGCUGAGAAUGUGGAAGACGAUGCACCUUCAGACAGUGAAGAUGAAGCCGAAUCCGCUCCCCAUGAUGGCAUCGAUGCCUCGCCACUCUUCCCCCCUCGCGCGAAAUCUCUGGCUCCACUACCUCUAGAUGCUGUACGUCGACGUCAAAACAUCACCGCACCCACCGUCAUGCCUCCAAGUUUGAUUGGAUUCCUGCGCAAGAACGUUGGCAAGGAUCUAUCCACAAUAUCAAUGCCAGUAUCCGCCAAUGAACCAAUCUCGUUGUUGCAGCGUGCGGCGGAGAUUCUUGAGUAUUCGUCGCUAUUGGACAAAGCUUCACAAUCAUCAGACGCUGUUGAGCGACUAAUGUAUGUCACCGCAUUUGCUAUAUCCUCCAUCUCCAGCAACCGAGUGCGGGAACGCUCAAUCCGCAAACCAUUUAACCCCAUGCUUGGCGAAACAUAUGAGCUUGUCCGGGAAGACAAAGGGUUCCGUUUCAUUGCUGAGAAAGUUUCUCACCGACCUGUGCAGUUGGCCUACCAGGCCGACAGCCGCGAAUGGAGUCUCGCUCAAUCCCCGAUGCCCAGUCAGAAGUUCUGGGGAAAGUCCGCCGAAAUUACCACCGAGGGACGCGUGCGGAUUACUCUGCAUGCUACCGGGGAGCACUUCAGCUAUGUCCCGUCCACUUCCUUCCUGCGCAAUAUCAUUGCCGGUGAGAAAUACGUUGAGCCCGUUGGUGAGAUGACCGUCUACAACGAGUCCACCGGACACCGCUCCAUCUCUACUUUCAAGGCCGGUGGCAUGUUCUCUGGCCGCAGCGAGGAAGUUUCUACUCGUGCUGUUGACUCAUACAACAAACCAGUGUCGAUUGGUUUGGCAGGAACCUGGCCUUCAUCUGUGGCCUUGACGCGCGACGGUUCUCCAUCUGGUAAUCCAAUCUGGACGGCCGGUCCAUUGGUCCCCAAUGCCCCUAAACACUACGGUCUGACCUCCUUCGCGGCCACGCUCAACGAAAUCACCUCCAUUGAAGAAUCGCGACUUCCGCCCACUGACUCCCGUCUCCGGCCUGAUCAGCGUGCCCUGGAAGAAGGUGACCUUGACCGCGCUGAAGAGGUCAAGGUUCAGCUGGAAGAGGGCCAACGUGCCCGUAGACGAGACAUGGAAGCCGCUGGCGAGAACUGGAUUCCGCGCUGGUUUACACUUGCUAAUGAGGACUCUGAUGGAGAGGUUAUCUGGCGCCUUAAGGGUGGCAAGGAUGGAUACUGGGAUGAACGUGCACGAGGAAAUUGGGCUAGUGUUGUUCCGGUGUUUGAGGCCUGA